AUGAAAAGGUCUUAUAGCAAAUUGCCUACUGCUACAACAACAACAAUUACCCCAUCAAUGACACAAGCUAUAGAUUACUCAUCGUGGUCGAGAGAAGAUUUGAUUACUAGACUAACGGCAUUGGAACAAAAAACCACACCAAUUACACCUUCUGCUAUUGCAUCAGCACCGACAACGGUUACUCCAGAAGUCAAACAGAAACCGAAGAAACAAAAACAAUUUGACUGGAGCAAACACGAUCUUCGAUUUGUUGCGUUACGAUUUGCAUAUCUAGGUUGGAACUAUAAUGGUUUAGCGUACCAAUUUGAACCAACACCAUUACCUACAGUUGAAGAGACAAUUUUGAAAACAUUAUCCAAGAUCAAACUCAUACCUGAGCCUAUAGAUCAAGUGGAAUUUUCAAGAUGCGGAAGAACAGACAAGGGGGUUAGUGCGAUGAACCAAGUGAUUUCAAUUAAACUUCGAUCAAACUUGACACCGGAGGAGCAACAGAGUUCAACCAAUGAUGAUAGAGAGAUUGAUUAUUUAACAAUUAUAAAUGCCAAUUUACCAAGUGAUAUCAAAGUGCAUUCUAUAUGUCUACAUCCGCCCGCUGAUUUUGACGCCAGAUUCAGUUGCAAAAACCGUCAUUAUCGAUACUUGUUCAAAUCAUCCAAUUUAGAUAUCGAUGCCAUGAAUAAAGCAGCAGAGUACUAUCAAGGACAACACGAUUUCCGUAACUUUUGCAAAUUGGAUGGAUCUAAGCAAAUUACCAACUUUGAACGCUUCAUUUACAGUUCUAAAAUAAUUCACUUGGAAGAUGACUUGUAUUGUUUUGAUUUGGUGGGAACUGCAUUCUUAUGGCAUCAAGUACGAUGCAUGGUUGCUAUUUUGUUCCUAGUCGGGCAGCAUUUGGAAAAACCAGAAAUUGUAACUGAUUUAAUGGAUAUUACCAAGUAUCCCACUAAACCACAAUAUGAAAUGGCCAAUGAUAUACCUCUUGUAUUGUAUGAUUGUGAAUUCCCACCUAUGCAAUGGAAGCAAUUUGAUAAUGAAUACAAAUUCAAUCGAAUCAUGAAUGGGUUCAAGGGGAUGUGCUAUGAUUUGAGCAUCAAAACGAAAAUGCUGAGUAUAAUGCAAAAUCUUGUAUUCAAAGAGCAGUCAAAUGCAAAUGCCCCAGCAGUCAAUACUGUGCCCCUUGGUGAUGGUGUAGGGCGUGCUUUCGCCAAGUACACGCCAUUGGCGAACCGAGAACGAACUGACAACUAUGAGAUUAUCAAUGCUCGAUGGUUGGCAAAGAAAGGGGCCAAACGAAACACCAAAGAAGCCCAAUCAAAUGAAUAG